ACCAAAUCAGAAAACGGAACCGGAAAUGCAGCGAGGGAGGGAGGGAGGGAGGCUGCCCAUUAUUAACUCUCCCUCCCCCCACGCAGAAGACGACGACCGGAAGCAAAACAGCCAGCCAACCAACCAACCAGACCAGGGAUGGAUGGUGCGCACCAAGAAAGGGGGCACCGCACCGAGCCAAUGAUCUGCAAGAAGAGAGGUAGGAUUUAGGCACGGCACCUAUAGCCCCUGACGAGAGAGAGAGGGAGAGAGAUUUGGUCUUGGAUAAGAGUGGAGAGACUGGAGACGGGUGGGUGGAGUGAGAGAAGUCACUCGGGGAGCCUCCAGAUUCUGAAUCUCCCGCAACCCGUCUCAUCGCCGGAGUGGAGUUCCAGGUAAGACGAGGUUACAAAGAUCCUCCGCCUCCUCCUCCUCCUCCUCCUCCUCCUCCUCCUAUCAGCACUGGCACUGCACGCCGCCGAUCUCUUGGGGUCCUCGGCUUCAGACGGUUUCUCGCGCCAGAUUUAGCGGUAGUGAUCUUUGUUUCCUGGGCACGUCAACCUCGACAGGCAGAGAAGAGAAGCCUCAUCCUUGGCGAGUGAUUAUCGAGCCAGUAAGCCAUUUGCAAGCACUGAACUGAACCCUCAGAGCGUUGUUGCGAUGGACCAAAUCGCUACCCCCGACGAAACAGCACAUGCCUCUGCACCUUCAGUUCAUAAGCUGUUUGAUGCUAAAUUAGGCCACCAUAGCGUGAUGGAUGGCACCUUGGCAUCCACGAGUCAGUCAUCAAACAUCAAGACCCAGCUGAUCCGGUCAUCAAGCUUGUCAAGGAGCAUAUCAGUUAACCUUGAGAAGAGGAGCCCUGAAUCUGAUCCUGAAAGCCCACAGUCUCACGUCUCGCAUCCUAAAUUUGCAGAACCCAUGUUCUCGAAUUCUUCGACGUUCUGCACAAGCUUGUUUUCGUCAUCUUCGACAACAGAGCCAUGCCGUCAAAUGGGCACUUUACCUUUCCUGCCUCACCCCCCUAAGUGUGAGCAGCAGGUUUCAGCUGGUCACUCAUCGAGCUCCUCUCUGCUUUUAAGUGGUGAUACCGGUUUAGAUGUGGCUGAACAGUCAGAUGAUCUGAACGACUUGCUCAAUCUUUCGGGAGAUGCUUCUGAUGGCAGCUUCCAUGGAGAAAACAAUGCCUUAGCUUUUGACGAACAGAUGGAAUUUCAGUUCCUGUCUGAGCAGCUAGAAAUUGCCAUCACUGACAAUGAGAAGAAUCCUCAUUUAGAUGACAUAUACGGCACACCACCACAGCUGUCAUCACUUCCAGUAUCAUCUUGCUCCAAUCAGAAUCUAGGGUCACCAGUUAAAGUCCAGCUUAGCUCAUCUCAGUCAUCUUCUAGCUCUGCAACAGCUAACAAGUCAAGAUUGAGGUGGACACUUGAGCUUCAUGAGCGUUUUGUGGAGGCCGUGAAAAAGCUUGAAGGUCCUGAAAAAGCAACUCCCAAAGGUGUGCUGAAACUAAUGAAGGUAGAAGGUCUAACAAUUUAUCAUGUGAAGAGCCAUCUGCAGAAGUAUCGGCUUGCAAAAUAUAUUCCUGAGCCUAAAGACGAUAAGAAGGCUUCCUCGGAGGAUAAAAAAGCACAAUUAGGAAAGGGCAGCAUUGAUUCAAGCAAAAACAAGAAUUUACAAGUGGCAGAAGCUCUAAGGAUGCAAAUAGAGGUUCAGAAACAGCUUCAUGAACAAUUAGAGGUGCAAAGGCAGUUGCAGCUACGGAUAGAGGAACAUGCAAGAUACUUGCAGAAAAUACUAGAAGAGCAGCAGAAGGCCGGCAAUGUGCCACUAAAAGCUCCAACCAAAGCACAAGCAACAAAGUCGUCACCUGAAUCGACGUCAGACGAGAGAACUGAAUCCGAGGUAGACACCAUUUCUCCGCGGCCACCCAAGAACAGGAACCCGGGUGUAGACGCAGAAUGCAAAUCGCCGGGAAGGAUCAAGCGAACGAAGGUUCAGGCUGAUCUUGAAAACGAGGGCCUGUGUUCAUAGCGAGGGCUCAUGUUCGUAGCUGUGCGGGCUCGCCAGUGAUUUUCUGAACAUUUGCACUUCCCGUUUUAGUUCAGGAGCUAUUUGUUACUGUUUGUAACUUGAACAGCCGUAGUAUCUCCAGCGAUCUGUUGAUAUCUUGGCGUGAAUUGGACUUGACAUCUUAGCCAUUGUAUUAUAUAGUAAUUCGCCUUUGGAAUGGAAAUGGAAUAGGUUUAUGUUUGAAUCCCCACCCGAUA